AUGGCCACUGCGUUUUGUAAAACGCCGGUUAUCAUGACACCUCGACUAUCUUCAUUGUCGUGUUUGAAGUAUUUCGGUAGAAAAAAGUCAUUAAAAGAACUGAAUACAUCAUGUAAGUUUUCAUCAAAAGUUGAGAAUAUAUGUUCUUUCAAUCAACCUCCACUUACUGAAACAUUACCAAACUUGCCAAAUGUUGUAUACAGUGAACAUAAGCUUCAUAAUGUGAAAACAAAUAUCACACAAUUACCUUGUGGAAUACGAGUGGCGUCUGAAGUUGCAUAUGGAGAAUUUUGUACUGUUGGAGUGGCGGUAAAUUCUGGUUGUCGAUAUGAAGUAAAAUAUCCAAGCGGUGUUAAUCAUUUCCUUGAAAAAUUGGCUUUUAAUACAACUUCUAAUUUUCCUAGAGACAAUGAAAUUUUGGAUGAAAUUGAAAAAUAUAACGGUUUGUGUGAUGCACAAUGUUCUCGAGAUGUAGUGUUAUAUGCGGCAAGUGCUAAUAGAAAAUAUGUGGAUAAUAUUAUAAAAGUUCUAGCUGAUGUAGUUUUACGGCCUAGGAUUACAGAAGACGAGGUAAUGGCUGCAAGUAAAGCAAUUUUAUUUGAGCAUGAUACACUAAUGAUAAGACCUGAACAAGAUCAAUUGCUUGAAAAUUUAGUGCAUAUGGCUGCUUUCCAACAAAAUACAUUGGGAUUAUCAAAACUUUGUCCAACUGAAAAUGUAUCCAAAAUUAAUCGUAAAGUUCUACUUACUUAUCUGAAAAACCAUUAUGUACCUGAACGAAUUGUUGUUGGAGGAGUUGGAGUAGAUCAUCAACAACUUGUUGAUAGUGUACAAAAGUACUUUGUUGAUGAAAAACCAAUUUGGAACAAUGAAAAGCUUGAUACAAUUAGUAUUGAUAACUCAAUACCACAAUACACUGGUGGAAUAAUCAAAGAAGAUUGUGAUAUUCCUGCAUUUCCUGGACCAUCUGGUUUAGCUGUUUUAUCGCAUGUAAUGAUUGGUCUGGAAUCUAUACCUCUAGUGGGUACUAAUGAUUUUGUUCCAUCGUGUGUAUUAAAUCUGAUGAUGGGUGGUGGUGGAUCUUUUAGUGCAGGUGGACCUGGUAAAGGAAUGUACACAAGACUGUAUAGAAAUGUUUUGAAUCGGUAUGGUUGGUUGUACAGUGCUACUGCUUACAACCAUGCGUAUACUGAUAGUGGAUUAUUCUGCAUUCAUGCUAGUGCUGAACCACAAUAUGUGCGCGAUAUGGUUAAAGUCAUUGUGUUUGAAAUUGCAAACAUGGCUAGUAAUAUUCAAAGAGAAGAACUUGCUAGAGCAAAGAAACAAUUGCAGUCACUCCUACUGAUGAAUUUAGAAGCACGUCCUAUUGUUUUUGAAGACAUGGUUAGGCAAAUUAUAUCGUGUGGUUAUAGAAAAAGACCAGAAGAACUUCUCCAAGAAAUUGAAAAUGUAACUGAAGAUGAUAUAGUAAGAAUUGUUAAGAAAAUUCUGGAUACUCCACUAACAGUUGUUGCUCGCGGAAAUAUUUCAAAAUUACCGCUAAUUGAAGAAAUGCAAGAGUUGAUUAAUACAAAACCAAAAGGAAAGAUAUUUGGUCGGUUUUAAUUUGUUCUAGUUUAAGUCCAUUUUGCAUUCUUGUUAACUUUAAAAUAAAUUUGUUUAAACAAAAUAUAUCACUUUUCAUAUUUUAUGUA